UGGAGGAGAACGGAAAGAACGAGGAGAAAAAGGUUGAGAAUCGCGCAGAUGUUACGUUGUUGGUGACACCGCGAAUGAGCUCAGCACACAUCAACAUCUUGGAGGAGAGAAGGGGAGAGAGAAUGUGAGGCAAAAAGGCAGGAGCGGUUGAGUCAGUGAGUGUAGGAUGAUAAGGACUACCUCUCGGACCGGUGCGGAGCGGAGAGCAUUCGGCGUCAGCUGUUGUGCGGUUCAUUGCUGGGAGUCGCUGGGAAUCAUCGGUCACAUGACAGAAGUGGAGGGAGAGAUCUAGAGGAGAAAGCACAGCGUUUCGCCUUUUCACCGCCAUACUGUCUGUUUUGAGCCAUAAUCACAUUUUUAUUGCAACAUUUUACUCCCGGUUCGGUGAGUACCUUUCAAUGGCUUUUUGUAAGCAUUUUUUUUGUCUUUUUAAUUGCUACCCUUUUUUUUAUUUUUCCUCCUUUCGCUGGUGUUUGACGUGAGAAUUGAAGUGGUGGUGGUUUUGAGCGAUUUUUCCAUCCAGGCUUCAAGUUUUUAGCAUGCAGUGAUUCUGGUCGCAGGGUGAACGGGUGCGUUAGAGGCUCCGAGAGCACACACAGGAGAGAGAGCAAAAAUAAAGCAUUGACUUGCUUGCGGUUUUGGUUUCGGGGUCUGAACCCCGAGACAGGUUUUGGUCAGUAUAUAAUAUUUUUAUUUUUAUUUUUUCUAAAAAACAUGGUGGUUUUGGAACAUUUUUAUUUUUUGUUUCUGUCGACUUUUGCUGUUGCUAUAUGCCUUUGCUUUGCAUUUUGCGAUGUUGUUUGAUGGCCGUGGAGUUUUGUGGCUUCGGUGUGUCGGCUCGACCCCCCCGGUUUGCUUUCACCUUGUUCCCUCUUUGAUCCGCUCGGGUCCUCCUUUUUAAACCUGCUGGCGUCCUCACGUCCGAACGUCUUAUCGCGAUACUUUUCUUGCAGCUGUAAGCGCACAGGUUUGUUUGUAUUUUUUGUUUGUUUUCUUUUAAUUUUUUUCCUACCCCCCUUUCGUUAUACUUUUGCUGAUAGCCGUAUCGAAUAUUUUUGGAUGUCGCUCUUUUUUUUUUUUUUUGACUAGAUGGUGCUGGGUGGACGCGGGGAGUUUUGAUUCUUGGGAGAGUUUCAAUGCGUUUUUGUUUUCUGUACCCGCAAGGCGAUGAACAGACACUCUUCUUUCGCAGGAGGGCGACCAGCGGGGGAGAAUGACGGGCAAGACUCAGACCAGCAACGUGACCAACAAGAAUGACCCGCGCUCGCUGAACUCCCGCGUCUUCAUCGGCAACCUCAACACCGCCCUCGUCAAGAAGACCGACAUCGAGGUCAUCUUCGCCAAGUACGGCAAGAUCGUGGGCUGCUCGGUGCACAAGGGCUACGCCUUCGUGCAGUACAUCAGCGAGCGCAACGCGCGCGCCGCCGUGGCCGGCGAGAACACGCGGGUCAUCGCCGGGCAGCCUCUCGAUAUAAACAUGGCGGGUGAGCCCAAGCCAUACAGGCCCAAGCCGGGAAACAAGCGGCCACUGUCGGCUGUGUACAGUGGCUACGAGUUUGACUACGAGUACUACAGAGAUGAUUUCUACAGCAGGCUGUUUGACUACCACGGCCGUGUGGCCCCGCCCCCCAGAGCCGUCAUCCCCUUGAAGCGCUCCCGGGUCGUGGCGCCCUCUACGCGCCGAGCGAAGACCACCUUCCCCGUGAAGACCUCCUCCUCUUCCUCCUCCUCCUCCUCCAGACCUCCCACCUCCUCAUCGUCUUCCACUGGCCCCAAACCGGUGAAGACGGACCAGCUGCAGAUCAUCAAGCGAGAGCUUGGACAGAUCAAGGUGAAGAUAGACUCCCUGCUAGGACGCCUGGACAAGAUCGAGAAGCAGCAGAGAGCCGAGUGUGAUGCCCAGAGGAAGUACGAGGAGAACUGCGACUCCCUGAACGAGGAGUCGGUGUCGGAGGCAGGGGAGAACUCGGGGGAGGAGGCGGGGGAGGAGGCGCUAGACGGGGAGGCGGGAGCGCUGACUGACGGGGGAGAGGAGGACUACGACGAGGAGGGGAGCCGCCACCUGAUAGAGAACCACGUUUCUGAUAUUGACAACUGAAGCUGGCUAGCGAAGUCGCCGGCGUUUCCGCUCGGCCGCGAUGGAUGAACUCCUCCGUCUUCUCCUCCUUCCAGACACACGACGACGGUGGAAGGAUACACCCCACCCACCCCCCACGACCGGCUCACAUCCGUACGGUUGGAGUCGUUCCAGGUUGUGUUCGAAUCCCUCCCCUUCCCCGACAUUUACAGACUCCCUCCCGACGGAUCAUCAUGAAACAAUUGGCGGCACGCGCGCCCUCUUUCUAAAUGAAAACCUGUUGAAGACACACCUGUAAAGUAUUUUGGCUUGUGGCACUCACGGAUAACUCUUACGUUCUGUGUUUUUUCUUUCUGCAAACGGACAUCGGACGUCGUUUCCGAAUAGGGAAGGAGUAUUCACAUAAAGCAAAUUUUUGUAUUUUAUUUUGCUAGAAUCUGAUGUGAUUCAUUAAGGUGGAGUGUAAUUAAAAAAGUGUUUGUCUCAAUGCAGCAUUCCACACAGUGACUGAAAUGAGGCAAAUUGUUGAUGAAUUAUUAAUGAAUCACAGCGGAAAUCAAUUUAUGUUUAUUGGACAAGGCGGUGGGGUGGAUCGUGUGCUGAAGACGCAUUGUUCACGUUGUAUUCAUUUUAAAUUGAUCCCUCUCGCUCGUCUGUGCCCAGUGAGCUCUGUUUUGCUGACGUUCAAAAACCCAUCACUCUACUUUAACCGGUGAUGGCUUCACGACCAAGAAGGUUGUUUGUGUAUUUUAAAUUCCAACUCGCACGCCUGGCCGUUCCCGAAAUUCCAAAAGUUUGUUCGGAAUAAUUUCAUUACAAGGAAAGGGAAUAAAUAUUUUUGUAUUCUAUGAAGUCAAUCAAGCAAAAGUGUCCACACCAUGUUGGUCUUGUAUUUUAGAAAAAUGUCAGUGAUGUCUUGCAAAAACUAAAAUCUCCCUGCUUCAUCACCAUCAUACUUAAUCUGAUCAUUUUUAGCAGUAUUUCAUUUUUAGCAGUAUUUGGGGUUACUGUUAUUAUUAUGAUUAUUAUUAAUAUGAAUCACAACUUAAUCAACGACUUUGCUUUGAAGUUUCCUUGUAAAUAGAUUGUGUUAUACUUAUUUUAAAUAGAGAAAUUGCGGAACAAGAAAGAAAAAAUAAUAAGAGUUCAUAUGGAAUUAGACAUCAGGAUGUUGAGGUGGGUUGGACGAGUAUAUAUGCUUUAUAAGAGAAAUUCAGUGGUCAGAAAAUGAACUGUUAAAUAGAAUGUACAUUUUUUGUAUAAAAAGAGAUUUGACCAAAAAAAAUAGAUUUUUUUUUUAUUAAAGCAUGUUUAUUGUACCUUCUAAUGUAUUUUAAUUUAAUCACAACUGUCGUAAACCCACAGGAUUCAUGAAGUAAAAUCAAUUGGAAUCCAUGCAGAUUAAUUAUUUGUGUUCUUCUCUGUCAAUAAAGAGUUAUUCUUAGUGUCACACUUGA